AGAACAAGGGGGGGGGGAAGCAACAUCUCAUGACGUAGAAAUACAGCGCCACGGGAGCUAAUACUUCAGCUAGCUUCAUUAGCUUACGUUUCCUAAGGUUACUGACAGCUCCCCAGCUAAUGUUGGCGGGUGUCCUCUGUGGUUAGAUGGUUUAGUCCCCACCGACAGUCGGUAUGGCAGAGGAGGAGGGUUUAUCACCGACCCUUCUGACAGAGGGAAUGAGACACAGCGAUGGCGGCUUCGUAGCCCCUGACGGUUUGUGCUGGGUGUCGGUGCUGUCCUGUCUGCUGCUCGCCUGCUCGUAUGUUGGGAGUCUGUACGUGUGGAGGAGUGACCUGCCGAGGGAUCACCCUAUUGUGAUUAAGAGACGCUUCACCAGUGUCCUGAUUGUGUCGGGCCUUUCACCUCUCUUUGUGUUGGCAUGGAGAGAAUUCACUGGUGUCAGGACUGACUCAUCGUUAUUCGCUCUCAUGGGGAUCCGGUUUGAAGGCCUCAUUCCUGCCAUCAUACUGCCUCUGGUGCUCACCAUGGUCCUGUUCUUGGGCCCCCUUAUGCAGUUGGCCAUGGAUUGUCCCUGGAGCUUCAUGGAUGGGAUCAGGGUAGCCAUUGACCCAUGCUUCUGGACAUUGUGUUUCAAUGACAUGCGCUGGUUGAGGAAUCAGGUGGUAGCACCAUGGACAGAGGAGCUGGUCUUCAGGGCCUGCAUGCUGCCCAUGUUAGUGCCGUGUGCUGGCCCUUCUGUGGCCAUCUUCACCUGCCCUCUCUUCUUUGGAGUAGCUCACUUCCAUCAUGUGAUCGAGUUGCUGAGGUUCAGACAGGGAACGCUGUCAGGAAUCUUCCUCUCGGCAGGGUUCCAGUUUUCCUACACAGCGGUGUUUGGGGCCUACACUGCCUUUAUCUUCAUCAGAACAGGUCACCUGAUUGGCCCAGUCCUCUGCCAUUCCUUCUGCAACUACAUGGGUUUCCCGGCCGUCAGCACAGCCCUGGAGCACCCCCAACGCAUCAUCGUCCUCUCAUCCUACCUGCUGGGGGUCCUCCUCUUCUUUUUCUUCCUCUUCCCCUUCACUGACCCCUUCUACUAUGGCCUUCCAACACCAGUCUGCACCCUUACCUCCUACACCAGCUCCCUCUGCCUCUCCUGAUACUUGCCCCCUCCCUCCCCCCCACACACACAUACACACACGCACACUUGAUGAAACAGUCCAGUGUUUUUUGCCAAGUUAGCGAGCAGCUCCGGUCCUGUGGGGGCCGAAAGCGCUAGCCAUGUGGGCAUAUUUGUCAUGGAGAGGUGAUGAACUCUGUAGCCCUUUACUGAGGUCUAUGGACCCUCGAUAUGUCAACACAUUUACAUGACAUAUUUCAGUGUUUCAGCUGAUCAGCUUACACAGACUCUCUCAUUUUGAGUAGGUGUGAUUCAUGUUGCUGUGAUUGAACCGGAGACUGUCCGAUUCUAAGGACUGUUGUUCUGUGAGUGUUGGGCUAUGAUGCCACCCUGAAUUGAUUGUAGUGUAGAUAUAUACGCAGCAUUGAAGGACCAUUCCUCCUCAGAUUCUCUUACUGGUAAAUCUCACCAGUUUGUGAUGAAGCAUCAGUAUGUACCAUUUCAGUGCACUAUUUAUCAACUCAAUCUGCCCCAUCCUUUUAAAGGAUAAUUCUGGUUUAUUCACAUUUUGAAUUUAUUUUCAUGGUUUAAAGUAUUGGCUUGUAGAAACUGUAGAAACAAAAGCUUCAAAGCUGAGCAAGUUCUGUGUUUCAGGUAAUGGUUCACACUGGGUUAUUUUCAUAUGUAUUUUUUUGCAAUUAGCCUGGUGAGCUAAUAAUCAGCAAUGAAUUAAGUAAAUAAAAUGUAGCUUACUGUCUCAGGUUGGGUUUGGGCUUUAAAUUUGGCAGUACCAGUCAGGCUAAAUUGUAUCUAAUAGAAGUGGGUGUAGGCUGGGUUUGUUAUCCGCUUUGUGCUCCUGUUGAAAUAAAGCCAGAAUUAUCCUUCAGCUCCCUUUUGAGGAAGACAUGGAAAUUGUUGCUUUCAGCUGCCGUUUGUUUAAGAAAUGGUUCUUCCAGCAAAGACAGUGCGAGUCACAACAAUCGCUACACAGUCAAAUAACUGUAACAGUUUUUUGAAUGUUGGUUGACCAUUCUGGUCUACAGAUGCUAAUGGGGAUGUUCUGAGUCUUGUUCAUCAGCCAAUAAUCCCGCUGUAGCUGCACUGGAGCAACUGGCAAAUAAGAUAAAUACACUAUUUGGCUAAAUGGUUCGGUCAUAAAAAGUUGUUUUUAAUGUUGUGUUUUUAGCAAUUACAUUGAAAAAAAUGUUUUUUUCUUAAUCUGAAUUCAAACUCCAAGACGUGGCUGUUGAAUCGGCCAUUGUUUAGUGAAGAGACUUAUUAACGGUCAUUUAUAUAUCUCUGCAUGUUUCAGUGCUGAUUGUUGGUGAAGGCAGGUGAUAGGAUAGUUUAUGGUGGGUGGGGGGGGAUUGUUGUACUGUGUAAAACAUACUCUAUUUAAGUGCACACUUUGAACAACCAAUCUUAGGUACCAAUCCAAGCAGGCAGUGUUCUCCUGGUUUUGUUUUGUGUGUGUUCUCUUGCUGCCUCAUAGUGACACUAACUAAUUCUCACUCUUGGAUUAUGUUAGGAUUAUGUCACACCACUACACAAGUCAGCAUUUGCAUUUAUCCUACUGAGUUCCACUUAGUGAAUUCACACUGUUCAUCAGCUGAAACCUCUUUGCUGGCACUGAGUACGGCUGAAUUAGCAGUUUAUGUCGGAUGACAUAAAUAAAUGCAUAUGUGGAUAUAAUAAUUGAUGGCACUUAUGAUAUGUGUUUGGUUAGAACAAACAGUUUAGUGUGGUUCAUUUGCGCUGGUACGAAAGCUGCAAAUCAACCAUUGGUGCUAAUCAACUGGAUGCUCAAUCACUGAAAAGUGUGUAUUGUGCUUCUAUCAUCCUUGAACUUUGGCAAUUCAUUAAAUCAAUGACAAGUUUGUGACCAAAUGUUUGUCACUGUUCAGACCGAAAGAACAACAGGUGUGAAAGUGUAGUAUUAACUGAGGCAGGUCCUGGUUUGUUGCUUAAACCUCUGCUGGAGAAUGUUAGCUUGGCAUCAGUGAAGUAGUCUGGAACCCAUCUGUUCAUUUUCCAUUUUCGAAGGUUGUUUUCGAUAGUUGCGGAACUGACCUACGACCAAUCAAAACAUAGAAAAGUUUUAUGUAGAGCAGCAUAGUAAACUUCAACAACAGACAUCAAGGUCAGCAGUGCUCCCACUGGUCACUCCCUUGUCAGUUACCAAGCCCACUCCAUUUUAGAAAAAUUUAGUGUUUGGCCCAACCAGUUUCAAAACAGAUGGAAAUCGGUCCUGACUGGGAGACCCAUCAGCCAGAUUGAAUAGACCUGAGGUUACUGAUUUACCUGGUUUCCAGACUAGGAGAAAGCUGCCUUUAAUCAAAAUUGAUAAAAUAAUCAUUAUAAAAAAAAGGCAGGAGUAAAAGUUGUCGCCUCCAUUUCUGCGUUUUGAGUAUGCCCAAAUAAUUUUGUUGUGUGCCUGGUUUUGGGGUGACACUGAGAACUUUAGUUAAUAUAUUUUCAGACAUGGUAAGUUUCUGUGUUUGUGUCUUUAAACAGAGUAUGUUUUGGUCUUAAAGCUGGUUAUUCUUUUUGCUUAUCAAUCUCAAGCGGAGGACCUUUGACUUCUCUAGGCCUUGAUGACAUACAGCAUUUUCUAAUUGUUUGUUUUAUUACAUUCCUUACAUCUUUGGAACAGGAGCUUACAGUUUCUAAACCAGUCACUGUUCAAAUGUCGAUUUCUUAGGCUGCUUCUUAACCAGUAAGUACAUCUGUAGAUUUAUGAGGUGUAAUCCUGCUUACUUCUCCAGUUCUCUUAUGCUUCAGUUAUGUUUUGCUAAAUGUAUGAGGUGUAUUUAAAUAGAGACAACAAUGGUCCAAACACUCUAUUGCAUCCCGCUGAUUUUUCUUUUAAGAGGCAGGAAAAGGCUCAUAGCUUUACUAGAAAAAAAGCACUAGAUAGAAAUUUAUAAUCAAUGAACUUCUGACUAAUGGGAAUUCAAUAAUCUAUGACCUGGGUUUUGUUUUAAUAGUUGUGACCACCAUUAGCAUCACAUUUGUAGCUGCAGUUCUAACUGCCCAACAGGGCAGCAACACAGCUGAUCAAACAAACUGUGACUAAAUCCACUUUGGUGUCAAAAUGAUCUAACCUUGAAACCUAACCUGGACUUUGCAACACAAGUUUUGCCAUUAUUUUCCGCUCGAACAGUUUUGAUACCUGAUUUAGAAGUCAGCUGGCAGAGUCGGCACAGAAUUUACAUUCGUGGUACCAGUGUAUGUGACAUUGUGGCAGCAAUCGCUCUGUCCAAAAAUGCAGUUUGAGUUCCCCUACUGUUUCGCUUAGAGCAUCCAGGUUCUUAAUUAGUGAUAAGGAAUUUUUUCCUUAAACCCACCAAGGACAAGGCUAAAUUAUUGAACACAUUAUUUGUCUCUUCUUUGAGACAAACAAACACUUUAGGAGAAUUAUACUUUGUCUAGUUCUAGCAACCUCACAAUGACUUGGAGGCUGAAGGAUCCCUGUCCCUGGUCCAACAUAGGUUCUUGGGAGAUAUUUGUACCUUCAGUCCACUCCAUGCACUUUCCAACAGAUCUUAAGAGCUGAGGCCUGCAGUGCUUAACAUCGCUGACUGUUCAGAUGUGCCAGCAUUUUCCACCACAUUGUUAUGCACUUGGCAAUUUUAAAAGCUGUGACCACUGCAAACAUGUUUUGCUUGUACUUUGGGGAUUGAGUAGCCCAAGAGAUGUAUGCAUAGCUUUAUAUGUUGCCCACAUGCUGUAUUAGCAUGCAUACAUGGUGUGCAAGGCAACCACCAUGUUUUUUAAUAUCUAAGCUGCUUUGCUGAGAAGUCUUAUAUUCUUAUAGGGCUUUUUAAUAGUGCAUGCAAAUAACAAUUUGCUUUAGGAACUUUUACCCAGAGUAAAGUUUCUGAACAUGAGUUCUUGGGAAAUUAAAGUUGGUGGAAAUUUUGGUAGAAAAGCAUCCGAGUCCGUCCUUUAAUGUGUAAAAUUGGAAAUCUGUUCAAUUACGGUGUCUCCUACGCCUCACUCAGGUUACAAGUUAACAGGUGACAUCAGAUUUAUUGUUCUGGUAGUUGGUAAAUAUAGUGAUGAGUCCAGACUGACUCAAAGCAUACACCACAUUGUUUGGUAUCAUGGCUCCCUGCCCACAGUCCUUAAUUGUAUUCACUUGUUAUCUUCUUUUCAUAGUUUGUCAUUAAAUGUCAUUAGAGCUAACUUUAAAACAUCAUAAGUAAAAGAUGAGCUCUCAUUUUCAUUUGUUUUUGUUUUUGCAUUGGCAAAAUUUUUAUUUGACCAAUUACAGAUGUAUGCAUUUGGUGCCUGUGCUGUCUCGUGAGGUCUCAGAAUGCAUCACUGGCUAAUUUGAUUGAAUAGUUUAAUUUUUGCUGAGUCGAGUCGUGGGCACAAGCAGCUGUUGAAACAAGAUAAAUUAGACAUUUGUGAUAAUUUCUCUAUCAGAGCAGCCUAAUUUAACUCAUUACCUUCUCACUCCACUUAUUGUAGUUAUCUACAGUUUAGCAGCUUGCUCCAAAGUUUGUAAUAGGUGUUGACGGAAAGAAAUCUAAACGCAAAAAAAACAACACAAGCUGUAUUCAUACUGUGAAGAAGUUAGCUGCCUGGGUGUUCAGCAAUAAAUCAUAUGUGGGAAGUUUUUGCAUUCAUUUUAUUUGUCUGUAAUGCAUAGUGAAUAAUCUGACCAGUUGCAUUAUUUUUGGCAGGUGAUAGUUGAAGUUUACAAACCCGUAUGUGAGUUGAACUGUACCUACCUGAAUCAGCCAGCAGAGGCCAGCAGAGUACUUUGGGAAAGGGAGUGAAGCUGUCGACUCCAUUCUGUUUAUCAGUCAUCCGUCACUGGAGAACCACUUCACUGAAAUAUUUUAGGAACCCUGUUCCCCUUAAACAGAUACAUUUAUUUGAGAGUUUUAGUCCUCCACAUGGAAACUAAAUAACGAAAUUGUUUGUGCCAAUGUAUAUUUCAAUUCCAACUAAUCCAGCAGUUAUUAAUGUUAAGAUGUUUGAAUUUAUUUGGGGUGUGUGUUGCUUGGAUGUAGGUGCUAUGGUGGUGUGUAUUUUGCGAUUGUGAGGUUAUUUGAGAGUACCCCCCAAGACAUUUUUAUUUUUUUAGUUAAAACCAUGCUUUUUUGCUUCAUUUUGGACCAUUAUCAUUAUAGAAAAAUAAAAUGAGCUGUUUGUCACAUUACAUCCACCUUAGCAAGAAGAAAAGCAAAUGGUUCUGGUCACUGAAGAGCUGUAUCCUUAAGUUCUCUUCAUAAAGAUGUUACUGGCUGAUUGCACUGUGCACCAUACAAACUAGAAGUGAAUGAGAAAUGUGCCAUUCAAACCCAUUCUCCCCUUCUGGCUGUGCAUGGGUUGUUUCUAAGUAGCCACUAUCCAGCUAGUGUAGAAAUCUGAGUCCUCUCCAUGUCAAUCCGCUCAAAUUCGUUUUUUCUGUCGGUUCACAGUUACCAGACCUUCUUUCUGAGCUCAUCAUCUGUGACAGCUGUAAUUCUUGACUCUUCUCCCUGUUGCCUUUCUCCAGUAAAGACUUCAGGAGACAUUAUGGGUUCGGGUUGCAAGAUUCCCUGUAGACAUGUGAAAGCAUUUGCUAACUUUGCAACAUUACGACUACUGACAACCCAUUAUUCAACAUUACAAAGACUGUAGUUACACUGGAACUCACGUUUUUGUUAAGCCAAAUCUAAUGAAAAUUGACAAUUGGACUGGACCUUGGAAUUGGCAUUAAUGUGCUUUGGGUGAUGAUAUUACAAUCCGUAAUGAGUGUAAACGAGUGAACGAGUGUAAAUGCAAGUAUGUCAUCAAUCCACAUAUUACAACUGCUUGAGUGGAAAUGCAUAUUAUAAGUGUUGUGGUUCCAUCCAAUUGAGGUAGCAGCAAGGCAGCUAACUACUGGUGACGGCGUUUAAGAUUUCAAUUUCCCUGUCAUUCUCCUUUCAGAAGAUGGUUUGCUCCCUGUCCCCUUCACUUUCUGAAACGUUCAAUGUUCAAGCUUCUCACCAAUCAACUAAUCAUUUUUUUCUAUAGUGUUUCCUGACACUCUCUUAACCUCAGUCAUGUAGAGACCUUUGCAAGAUGAUCGGGAUGGAACACUUACCUUCAUUGCUGUGAGAAGAAAACCCUAUUUAUAUUGUUCCCAAACAAUAUACUCAAUAGCCAAUAAUCACACAAUAUGCAGAGAGCAGCAUCGACAGAGACUGCAGAGACUAUUUUUGCUAAGCAUUUAGCAACUCCCUUAUUUUACUAUACAACACUUGCAGGAAUAAUCAUUUGAAAUGUGCAUUUUCAGAACUUGUGAAUAUGAAUUGUUGGUCAGCUGGUGAAACUGAACUCCACAGAUGUUUGUACUGAACACUAUAUUUUGUAACCAGAUCUAUUUUGGUGACAGAGUGUACAGAUAUUUGCAUGUAUUUUACACUCACUGUGUCACACAAUCUGAGUUAGACCAACCAUGUUUUAGUAUGACAAUCUUUUACAGAAACUUUGGAAUUGCUGCAAAAAAUCUAUUUGUAAAUAAAUAACGUAAUUUUA